AUGAGAGUUCCAAUAAAAGAUUUCUUGAUAUACUUAGUUCUCAUUCUCUCUCUUAGUGGUGCUUCAGUCGCAGCAGAUGCAACCGUGAAACAAAACUUCAAUAGGUAUGAGACUGAAAAUUAUGGUUACACACCUCCGUCACCAACUUAUGGUGCACCACCUAGCUAUCCAACACCAUCAACACCAGUCCCUCCAAUAAAACCACCACCAGUACAAACCCCUCCAACACCAAUUUAUAGUCCUCCUAUCCAGCCACCACCAAUUUAUAGUCCUCCCAUCAAGCCACCACCGGUGCAGGUGCAGCCUCCGAGACCAAUAUACAGUCCUCCUAUUAAGCCACCUCCAGUGCAAAAGCCCCCUACACCAACUUACAGCCCUCCUAUAAAGCCACCUCCAGUGCAAAAACCCCCAACACCAACUUACAGUCCUCCUGUAAAGCCACCACCGGUGCAUAAGCCUCCAACACCAACUUAUAGUCCACCAAUUAAACCACCACCGGUGAAGCCUCCAACACCAACCUACAGUCCUCCUGUUAAGCCACCACCAGUACAAAAACCUCCGACACCUACUUAUAGUCCACCUGUUAAACCACCACCCGUGAAGCCUCCAACGCCAACUUACAGUCCCCCUGUCAAGCCCCCACCAGUGCAAAAGCCACCGACUUACAGUCCUCCUAUAAAGCCACCACCAGUGCAAAAGCCUCCAACACCAACAUACAGUCCCCCUGUCAAGCCCCCACCAGUGCAAAAGCCACCGACUUACAGUCCUCCUAUAAAGCCACCACCAGUGCAAAAACCUCCAACACCAUCAUACAGUCCCCCUGUCAAGCCCCCACCAGUGCAAAAGCCACCGACUUACAGUCCCCCUAUAAAGCCACCACCGGUGCAGAAACCACCAACUUAUAGUCCCCCUGUCAAGCCACCACCGGUGCAAAAACCACCAACCUAUAGUCCCCCUGUCAAGCCACCACCGGUGCAGAAACCACCAACUUAUAGUCCCCCUGUCAAGCCACCACCGGUGCAUAAGCCUCCGACUUACAGUCCUCCUAUCAAGCCACCACCGGUGCAAAAGCCUCCGACUUACAGUCCUCCUAUCAAGCCACCACCAGUGCAAAAGCCUCCGACACCUACUUACAGUCCUCCUGUAAAGCCACCACCAGUACAAAAGCCUCCAACUUACAGUCCUCCUAUCAAGCCACCACCAGUGCAAAAGCCUCCGACACCAACUUACAGUCCUCCUGUAAAGCCACCACCAGUACAAAAGCCUCCGACUUACAGUCCUCCUAUCAAGCCACCACCAGUGCAAAAGCCUCCGACACCAACUUAUAGUCCUCCUGUAAAGCCACCACCAGUACAAAAACCUCCGACUUACAGUCCUCCUAUCAAGCCGCCACCAGUGCAAAAGCCUCCGACACCAACUUACAGUCCUCCUGUAAAGCCACCACCAGUGCAAAAGCCUCCAACACCAACAUACAGUCCUCCUGUAAAGCCACCACCAGUGCAAAAGCCACCGACUUACAGUCCUCCUAUAAAGUCACCUCCAGUGCAAACACCUCCGAUUUACAUUCCUCCUAUCAAGCCACCACCUGUGCAAAAGCCUCCAACACCAACUUACAGUCCUCCUGUAAAGCCGCCACCAGUGCAUAAGCCUCCAACUCCAAGUUAUAGCCCUCCUGUAAAGCCUCCACCAGUGAAGAAACCUCCCACACCAACUUACAGCCCUCCUAUGAAACCACCACCAGUACAAAAGCCUCCGACUUACAGUCCUCCCAUCAAGCCACCACCGGUGCAGAAACCACCAACUUAUAGUCCCCCUGUCAAGCCACCACCGGUGUAUAAACCUCCAACACCAAUCUAUAGUCCUCCUAUAAUGCCGCCACCUGUGGAAAAGCCUCCAACACCAACUUACAGUCCUCCUGUAAUGCCACCACCCGUGCAGAAGCCUCCACCAACUUAUAGUCCUCCACACGUUGGAUACGGUACUCCUCCUCCAUAUGCAUAUCUUUCACAACCAACAGAAAUAAACAAUUAG